UUGGAUGCCCUCUCCCAGGUAGAAGAGGAUUCUCUCCUGCGUAAUGAUCUUCGCCCUGCCAAUAAACUGGCUAAAGGAAACAAGCUAUUCAUGAGAUUUGCUACUAAAGAUGACAAAAAAGAGCUGGGAGCUGCAAGGCGAAGCCAGUAUUACAUGAAAUAUGGCAAUCCAAAUUAUGGAGGCAUGAAAGGGAUUCUUAGCAAUUCCUGGAAAAGAAGAUACCAUUCCCGCCGAAUCCAUCGGGACGUGAUAAAGAAAAGGACACUCAUUGGGGAUGAUGUGGGCUUGACUCCUCCCUACAAACAUCGUCAUUCAGGCUUAGUAAAUGUUCCUGAGGAGCCUAUUGAGGAGGAAGAAGAGGAGGAAGAAGAUCAGGAUAUGGAUGAAGAUGACAGGGUUGUGGUGGAGUACCGUGACGAGCUGCAGGCCUUCAAACAGUCGCGGGAGCGCAGCGCAGCCAGGCGCUCCAGUGCCAGUGCAUCUGAUUCUGAUGAGAUGGACUAUGACCUUGAACUGAAAAUGAUAUCAACACCCUCUCCCAAAAAGAGCAUGAAAAUGACAAUGUAUGCAGAUGAGGUGGAAUCACAGCUGAAAAAUAUUAGGAAUUCCAUGCGAGCAGAUAGCAUAGCAAGCAGCAACAUCAAAAAUCGGAUCGGCAGUAAAGGAUCAUCAGAGAAAGUUGCAGAUGUAAGACUACUCUUAGAAGAAAAACGUCAGAACAGUACUGGGCCACGUCAGCCAAACAGCAGUGUGAAAUCAGAUGUGCGGCAGAGACUGGGAAAAAGACCCCAUUCUCCAGAAAGCAAACCUCCAAGCAGUACCUCUGCUCCUCGCCGAGAGCCCAUUUCAGAUGUACACAGCCGGUUAGGAAUGCCCAAACAAGAUGUCAAAGGCCUCUACUCUGAUACCAGAGAGAAGAAAUCAGGUAACUUAUGGACCCGAUUAGGGUCUGCUCCGAAGACACAAGAAAAGACUUCAGAUAAAGCUGAAAACUCUGUUGCAUCUGCAGAGGAAGAUGAUUCGGAGCUCCAGCGGGUGUGGGGAGCUCUCAUUAAGGAGAAGGAACAGUCUCGGCAGAAGAAGAGUCGGUUGGAUAAUUUGCCAUCUCUACAAAUCGAGAUCAGCCGAGAAAGCAGUUCUGGAUCAGACACUGAAUCAUGAUCGUUCCCACGUGCUGAGCCUCAAGGUUCUGACUCUGCAGUGUGGCAAGAUUUCCUUUGCCCAAAAGCUGGACGCUGGUAAAGACUCUGCAGUGAAGGUUCCAGAAGCACCUCUGUACCUUUUACACCAGCGCAGAGCUGCGUGACCACUUGAAACCUAAAGCAAUCACCCUUGUCUGGAGUCUGUGGUUGGCCCUGUGUUACAGUAGGGCAUUGUCAUCCGUGUUUAUUACAGCAAACCUGUAGUUAAUUCUAGCAAAACACUUUUCCCCAAGCUUUGAACUUAAAAGAAGAGGCAGAAAUGCUCUGUAUUUUUAAGACGACCUUUUUGUUCUUAGUAUUUUUAACAUGGAGCCUUUUAACAAAAUGUUUUACACAGUUCAUCCAAAGAACAGGGCGUUUCAUAAUCAAUAUCACUGCCUUGCCCUUCUGGCUCUUACCAGCACCUUUCCUUUCCUCCUCAAGUAAUAACAAUAAUGCUUCCUGGGUAGGCAGCCAGCAAGGAUAAAGCAUGAAGGGCCUGUCACGUUCCCUUCCUCCAAAAUAUUGAAUGUGAAUCUAAGUUUAAAUGGUUUAAUACAAGGAAAUUUCGCAUAGUAUCCAAAUACC